AUGAAGUUGGCUGCUAUACAGUCUAACUUGGAGGAGGCGAGGGGGGGUCGAGAGGACGGAAUCCCUUCAAAGAUACGGCAACAGAGUGAUAAGCUCCAGAGGACGAUGAGUGCAGAUCAGACUAAGAUGAGCUUGCUAUCUGAACAGAUAACCAAGUUACGAGAGAGCCUGCACAGCGAUAGGGUUGCCACUGAGCUCCUCACUGAGCGGAUGCAGAAGGAUCUCAAACUGGUUGAGUCGUCAACGGAGCUAGAUAUGAACGCUCUUCGUCAAGCCCGAACGGAGUCCCAUGCUAAGCUUGAGAAGGCUCUCACUAAUACAGUGUCGGAGAUUACUGAGGUUGCUGGGCCGGUCUGGGUCGGCGAGGCGGUAUUAACAGAAAGACAAGGGCGAGCAGCGUCAGAGGAUAGGAUGCUCAAGAAAUUGGAGGAGAUCUGCGGACGUAUGGAGGCCGACAUGGCAGAGGAGCGCCAUCAACGUGAGGAGGCUGAGGAUAAGCUUAUCGUCUUGCUAGAGAACACUUGUAGCCGAGUUGAGGCCUCGCUUGGUCAAAGCGGUACACAACUCGUCAGUGGUGAUGAUGAUAGUUGGUAG